AAAGACCAUUGCUAUUUCUUUUAUACAUCUUUAUCUAUAAUCUCUUUAUAUAUAGACUACAGUUGCUCUGCUAGUUAUCUCUCUCUCUUCUUUCUUGGGCUUUGUUUCUUAGCUAUAAUCUUACUAGUAUUGUGUAUCUAUAUAUAAUAAUACUAUUCUGCAGAUUGGAAAGAAAAGCUUUCUUUGCCUAGCACCCCUCCAUCAAUGGUGGAUCUUCAAACUGUAUGUUGCAUGUGCGGCGACGUCGGUUUCCCCGACAAACUCUUCUGUUGCAACAAAUGCCGCCACCGCUUUCAACAUUCGUAUUGCAGCAACUACUACAGAGAGUUGUCAGAGCCGAUUGAGCUAUGUGAUUGGUGCCAAAGCGAAGAAAGGAACGCCAGGCAUGGAAACUCUUCGAAAAAAUCAGUAACUGGACAUGAUAUAGGAGGAGUCACAAACCGAUCCGAGUAUUCAGGUGACAAAAUCAAGCAACACGAUCGCGAAGACAGCACCGCCGAGAAAGGAAAGAGCCCAAGUGGUGCGCCUUCUCCCAGAACAGCUACCCGCAGGUACAAACUUCUCAAGGAUGUCAUGUGUUAGAAGAGGAAUUGUUCUUGGGUGUUCAUAUAAUAGCAAAUACUAACUCUCUCUCUCUCUCUCUCUCUAUAUAUAUAUAUAUAUAUAUAUAUAUAUAUAUAUAUUACAAGCUGUUUCUUGAGUGGUUCUACCUUCUUCUUCUUCUUGUCUUUCUUUUUUGAGUUGUUUUAAUGCUAUGUUUUGAUGAUCAUGGAGAUCAGUAAGUUCUUAAUAAAAAAUAAUGCGCACUUUUUCUUGGAUA